GCAACAUUGUUCACCUCUCCCUCGAUGCCGCCAAAGAAGUACCAGAAGGACUGGUCAUGGUGCAAUCUUAUCGACUCGUCUGAAGAGAUCACCCUCGAGCACUGCCGCCUAGCGGCUGGUCUCCAUCCUAGCAUCAGCCCCAAAGCAUGCCCAUUACCAUCCCCGGCCCGAAACCGACCCAAGUCCAAGUCACCAGUCACUUCCAAGGACCUGCGCAAUUGCCACGGCAAGCGAGCUAUUAGUAUCGAUUCAAACAGCAGCGACUCCUCCACCGAUAAAUCCGUUGUCGCACUCGACAAGAAGGGCGACUGCCAGGCUAAGCGGUGUCACAACAAUCCGCGAUGCUUCAGUCACUUGGGCAUGGAGGAGUGGUGGAAGGACCACGCACGCGAGAGCUUUAUCAAGCCCCGGAUGGGGGUGGAGUUGAGAGAGCGCAACGAUAGCGGUCCUCCUGGGCUCCGUAAUUAUGGGGCAACGUGCUAUGCCAACGCCUUUUUACAGGUAUGGUUUCACAACGUGUCGUUUCGUAACGGCGUAUUCGAAGCUGUCGGCGACCGCGUCAACCCUCUCUUUCACCUGGCCAAAAUCUUUGCCGCGAUGCGGUACACGCGCCGCUCUGUUGUCGACCCAGGGGCGCUCAUCGAGGCCCUCCGUCUGAACAAAGGCGCACAGCAAGAUGCCGCCGAGUUUUCCAAGCUUUUCAUGGACCUCAUCGAGAAGCAGUUCAAGGCACAGGGCGGCCUGCUCGCAGGCUUCGUCGCCGAGCAAUUUGCGGGGCGGCUCGAGUACCGCACCAAAUGCAACACGUGUGGUUAUACUUCGAGCAACACAUCCCCGUUCAUGGAGCUCGAAAUUCCCCUUCGUGACGGGUGUUCUCUCGAGGGUCAGCUGAGAGCAAUGCUCGCACCCGAGCUCCUCGACGGCGACAAUAAAUAUCGGUGCCCUAAUUGUGACUCGCUCCAGCCCGCCAGCCGAUCGACCCAUCUCCAGCACCUUCCGCUUGCGCUUCACUUCGCUCUCAACCGCUUCGAGUACACUCUGACCUCGGACGAGCGCAAAAAGAGCAAGGCGCGCAUUUAUUACCCCCGCAAGCUUCGGCUAGAAAACAUCGACUAUGACCUGCACGGAGUGGUCGUACAUCAGGGAACAAUGGCCAUUCACGGCCACUUCACUGCUGAAGUGUACGACGAGAACGAUAAGGAGUGGUACUUCUGCUCGGAUGGAGAGGUGUCCAAGCUCUCUGAGCGCACAACCAAGAAGAUCAAGCUGGACCCCGACUUUCCAGACGACCAGGUAUCCCGAGAUGCGUACAUGCUCGUCUACCAGCGCAGGAGGAAUCCUCCUCCACAGCGGCAUGCCCCGGAGCAUAUGCGCCGGGAGAUUGAGCUUGACAACGACGAGUUCACGGGAGCAAUCGCAGCGCAAUUCGACCGGAGCGACUUGCUGGGCGAUGCGUUCGACGUGCUUGUGAAGGAGAAGGAGGCCGUGCUGAAAUUGCUCCCCGGUGACGAUUGUGUUGUGUCGCGCGCAGCUCUGGCAGGAUGGUUUGCCUCGGACAAGUUGAAGACUAAAUGGUUUGUUCCCAACAACAUGAGGUGCCACCAUGGCCGGUACGAUCCGAACGCCUCGGGCUUUCGUCUUGUUUCCCGCGCAGCGCUUGCGCGACUCAAGGCUUUCUAUGACGGGGAGUGGGAUCACUUGGCAUCAGAAUAUCCCACGAUUAAUCCUGCAGCCUUUGAGGUUCUCAAGGAGUUCCAGACAGACGUCCAGAAGGAGAAGACGUCUGCGCCUGCGCACGAAAACGGCGGGCAGCCUGAAUUCAGCACAGAGAGCAGAGCGAGCUUCACAACCUCCACGGUUGGCUCUGACAAGGAGAAUGAGCCCCCCGCCGAAGAGAGAGAUGGAUACACGACUCCUGAUGAAGAGGCCCAAUCAAGCUCGAAAACGCUGCAAGCUGAAGACGAUCAUACCACGCCAACUGUGAACGGCUCGGCACCACAGCCUGCGUGUUCCUAUCCCCACCGCCCGUCAUCGCCGGACCCACUCGCCCUCAACGGCGCGACGUCCGGCUCCACACACGGCUCCGAGAUGUCUGUGGCCACAGAACCGCAACCAUCCACGUCUUCUUCAAUGAACUGGGGCUCGCCUCCUGGGUCAGUUGCCGGCCCCUCUGGCGGCGCACCUGAAGAGAACAGCAACGCAUCGGACUCCGACGACGACGUGCACUGCCUCUCUCCGCCCCCUGACUUCCCCGAGUUCGACAUCUGCAUCCAGUGUGUAACCGAGGAGUACGAGCGCAAAGCCGGCGACACGCGGCAGGCUGAGCUCCUCGACGAGUUCAAGCGAGCCAACGAGCGCGGCGGGCAGUAUCUUCUCCCUCGGGCUUGGACGACUGCGUGGGCGAAAAACAAACUCAGCCCAGGCGUACCUCCCACUGAUCCCGAGUACACGAUUUUCUGCAAGCACGACCGUCCUUUUCCCGGUGACAAGAAAGUCGACUGCGUCUCCGAGGAGGCAAUUCUUAUCCUCCGAUCGGUGCUGGGCGAGUUUCCCGUCUUCGAUGAAGCGGCAAACCAGUGCGAAGAAUGCUGCGCAGCCCAAGAGGUGUCCAAUAAUGAGCGUGCAGCCUGGCUUGCCAGGGUCAAGGACGAGGAGAAGCUGUACAAGAACAACCGCAACCAGUCGCAGGUGUUUGGCACGCGAAACUAUCUCCUGCCCCAGUCCUUCUUCGAGCAGUGGGAGACGUACCUCAAAGGGCCUGUCGAGCGCCCCACCCUGCAGCUCGACCUGUGUCCGCACGGACUGCUCGACUUCGAUCCGGGGCUGGACAAGGCCGAGUAUAUCAACAGCUACGGCUGGGAACAGCUUUGUGAGCUAUACAAUUUUCCGGUGGAGGACGGCGUUUCUGUCGAGUACGACGCGCAGCCCGCCAAGGGCAAAAGGAUUGCUAUGCACAAGGCGUCGCUUGCGACGUGUGGUCCGUGUCGGGCGGAACGCUUCUCUGACUGGAAGGAGAUGUGGCUCCCCAUCGUGGUAGGAGAGAAUGAGGGCCCUACGAGCAAUGACUGGACGCGACGCCGUCCCCCGCCGCGCGGGAGGCGGGGGAAGGAAGCGCAGAUUCUCGUAACGAAGCGCACGUCGAUCGUGGAGGUUCAGAUGGAGUUGUACGAGAUGUUCAAGAUCACCCCCUUCUCGCAGCGGCUCACGCACCACGGCCGCGAGCUCGACCGCCAAGAGACGAUUGGCGGCAUCGGCGUGCUCAUGGGCGACCACUUCAAUCUGCAUGAGGUAGUCGAGGUCGACAACGAUUUUGGGAUGAUUGUGGAGGAGGGCGAGGGGUUCGGGGGCACCGCGCUGGUCGGGCAGAAGUCUUGCGAGCACUGUACCAUGUUCAACGACCCUGGGGCUGCUGAGUGCCAGAUGUGCGGAUUGCCGUUUACGGCGUGAUGCUGAUUGCGCGGGCCCUCGAUGUGUAGCAUAGUAUCGAGUUUGUAUAUAGUAGUGUAUCAUGUGCAUGUAAACAUUCGCAUCG